AUGUCCCGCCCCGCAGUGUACCAAACCUUCCGCCAGAAAUAUAACGAUAUCACGCGUUACUACCGCAGCUAUGGAUGCGACAUCAGAGACCGAAACAUGUGCCAGCGCAUCGAAGAUUCGCUUCCAGUGAUCGAGACGCUGAUCGAGUUGAUUGAGACGUUGACCCCCUUAGUAUUGGAUAUGGAUGCGAGUAAGAGGAGAAGACUGCGCCACAAAUUGAAGGAUCUCGAGUGGAUAAGGCAGGAGAUGAAAAGGAAUCAAGAUGAUGAACAUGGUGGCGACAUUAUCAUGAAGAUAUUGGAUUUGGCAAUGCAGUUGAAGACGAAAGCCGUUGAGCUUAAUGGGGGUGAAAUUAUCUCAGUUACGCGGUAUUGA